AUGGAAGAUAACUACUCAGAUACUGAGCACAUAUUUGCCGGAAAGAGGAAUGAUAAAUUUGAAAAGAGGAUUUAAACUCUGAAGGGUUUGAUUAUUAGUUUGUUGGUUUUCGGAUCAGGUUUAACAGUCACUGGCGUCGUCACAGUCUUUGCUUCAAUCAUAGGGCUGAUAGGUUGUAACAGAUGUUUGAAGCACUUUGAGGUUGUUAAGAUUAACAAGAUGAAACAAAGUCCAGGCUAGGAAGCACUCCUUAUCUUCUUUUAUUUCAAUUUCUUGCUAUUUUGUGCCUAUUUGCUGUUUGGAACUUGGUGCUUCUUUUACUAAGAUGAUGCAACAGCUUGGCUUGAGGCAAGAUACUCAAAUCAUUAAAGCUGGGAAAGAGACUUUAAAGGUAUUAAGCUGCAUACUGUACAGGAAAACCUAAAACUCAUAUUGACUAUUGCUGGUGCUUUCUCACUACUCGUUUCAAUUAUAAACUUUGCUUGUAUUCACUAUGCUAUAAAGAUAUCUUUAUUUUUUGAAACUAUUCAUACUGUAGUUCAGGUAUAAAAUCUUGUUAUUGUUCUUGUAUCAUUCUUGAUAAUAUAUGCCGGUGCUAUUGCAGAGAGUUACUAUUCAGUUCCAUACGUUGAAGAAACAGAGCCAGAAUACUUACCUUAGGUUUUAAUAUUUACUGGAAUUGCUAUGAUUCUAGUGGCUUACCUAGGAUUCUUCGCUUCAAGAGCAGAGAGCAAAGUUGGGUUAAUCUCAUACACAGUAUUCUGCGUGAUACUUAUGGUUAACUUCCUCAUUUUUAUUGUUCUACUAAACUUUGGAUCAUAAGUUUUGCAGCAAUAGUUUGAGGAAAAAUGUAAUGAAGUAAUGCCAUUUUUCCACAAAAACUUCUACUCAUCUUUUGGAUGCAUGGAUAAAUACAACUAAAAUACAACUGAAGCUACUCGUUUAACUUGCCCUAAGAGCUAGAUAGCCUCUAUUUGGGAGUAAAAUGUAGAUGUAAAUGUUGAAGAUUAAAGUGAAUUUUUCGGAUGCCUCAACCAAAGCUGCUGCAUUGCUAUGAUCAGCUUCGUAAAGGGUAAGUUCAACUUCCUUGCUGCUUUCUGUAUCAUCGCCUUUUUCUUCACAAUGGUUGCUAUUAUGACCUCUCAAUACAUGUAUAAGAAGGUCAAAAAGUACAAUACCUAAAUACUCUCUCACAGAAAUGAUAAAUUCAUUUUCAUCUUUAUGGUAGCCUUCACAGUUGGUCUUUCAGUUUUGCUAUAUUUAGGUAUGCCGGAGAAGCCUCAAGGUAUGCCUUAACCAGAUAAAGAAGCAUCAGAACUAAAGAAAGAUGAUCUUUGGAAAUUCUAUGAUCUUCAUAUAGAUAGAACUGUAGGAUUAGGAUAAAUUAAUGAUGAAGGAUGGUGGAAUUUUGAUAGAAUUUCAUUGUUCCAACAAGAUUAUAGUCCAACCUCCAAUAAUACAUAAAAUCAAGCCUAUAAUAAUGAAGUCAAAGUAUAAGUUUCAAUACACAGUUUAACUAACAAUGGUCAGUUCCACAUUUAAGGUGAAUAUAGUAAUGAGACUGCAAUAAUAGAUAAUAAGCAAGCUAGAGUAGUCCUAAAUGGAAAAGUUAAUGAAGUUAAUCACACACUCACAUUAUUAUAAUUCAGACCAGGAUGCAUCACUAAUUCAAGCAAUGCCUUAGAACUAAAUAUCACUUUCUCGACAACUAAAAGAAACCUUCAAACAAAUGAAAAUAUAAUUGAGUUUGAUGUUCCAAAAAGAUACAGAAUCAAUCUUAAUCUAAAUAGUUCUUAAUAUAGAACUUACAGAGGGAAGUUAAUCGAGGAAAAUCUUGAAUCAACUGGGCCAUCAAACUAUUUUAAGGAGAUAAAUAAUGGAAAUGAUGUUAAAUUGACUAUUAGUUACCCUGAUUUCAAAGAAUGUCUACCAUUUAAUGUUCAUGUAGACAAUCAUGGUGUCUUUGAGUUUAACAUGACUAUUCUCAACUAAAGUAUUCCAUAUCUUAUAAAAGUACAAGCUGAGAGAACUGUCUAUCCUUCAAUUACCUUUGAUUAUUUUGUCGGAGGAUAUCCAAGAGCUGAUAGAGUUGAAAUGGGUACCUAUGCAUUUUAUAUCUCAGACAAUAAACCUCACAAUGUUACUGGAAGAUUAUUUGAAGCAUUCACUAAUAAAACAUUCUCAGAUGACUAUAGUCUUUCUAUAUAUUAAGGCUAUGGAGAGAUUAACAGAACUCACACUGAUGCCUACGAAGUUCUAGAUCAUUAUGGAAAUGGUGUUUACUACACAGGUUUGUUUGAAAUUUAUGACUUAAAGUCAGGAUCAUAUGUUGCGGUUGUCGAUACACCACAAGGAUAUAUUAGAAAUUUUUAGAGAUUUUAUGCUCUUCCUUCACCACCAUUUUCUAAGUAAAUGAGAUCUAUUCCAAUGGUGUCUGAACUUUCAGAAGGUGAAUUAGCACUAGUAUUGACAUGGGGAUAUUCACCUAAAGAUCUCGAUAUUCACGUUGAGUUUGUAGGGUCUCCUACUGUAUUGUGUAAAUGCGAUUACUCAGUUCAUCAAUGUGGAGGAGUUAAAUACAUGACAGACACAAUUGAAGGUGGGGAUAGAGGAGCAGAUGUUAUUAAGUUUGACUACAUUGGAGAUUUCUAAUAUCUUGUUUAUGUUUCACUCUUCAAGCAAAGAAAUAACACAGAUAACAGACCAGGUCAUUAAGAUAUACCAUUAUCUGAAUCUCAGGCUCAGUUAAAAAUUUUUGCUCCUUAUUACUCAUGGCCAGUUUACAUUUUUGAUUUGCCUGCUUAAGCCUCCACUCCGUCGGCUAACUAUUGGGUUGCAUUCUGUAUUGAUGGCAAAGAUGGACUAAAAAAUCUAAGACCAAUUAAUGUCUUAACACAGGGUGCUCCAGACGUAUCUACUUGCCAUGAAAUCUAUGGAACUCGUAAGAAAUUUUAAAAUUAAUCAUUUUUAGCUGAAAUUCUAAGAGAGCCACUUCUUGAUCAAUAGAAUAAUAGCUUAUAACCUUGA